UAUUUCACUUACCUCAAUUCAUGUAAAAUGUUCGAAUGGCUUUGUUUCCUCUCUGCAUGACCCCACAAUUCAGUUAAUUCGUCAAUAGGUCUUGUCGCUCUCAUUAAGACAACAGUCCAGCCUCUAAACGAUAUUAUGUCAAACAGAGCCAAGUCAUAAAUAUUUGAUUGCUAUCRUAACGUUUGUAUUUUCAUCUGUGUCCGACGGAAUCUUUGUGUCUUCAGACAACCAUUUUWGAGCCAAUAUUAUGCUUGAAAAUAUUAUUGUUAUAUUAACCUUAGCUUGCUGCUUCAAAUAUUCACUUUCUGUAAUAACUCUCGACAAAGAUGGCAAAGUUAUCGUUCAAAACUUUCACAUMAGUGCCGAAGGGAAGAUUUUCUAUAAACUUGGCAGCCAUUUGGUCAACCACACAACUAGAAACACUAAAGAAUGCUGCUUUAAGUGCGUACAAAACAAGGAAUGCUUGUCGGUGAACACCAUUGCUUUGGAUCAAUCGCGAUAUCAAUGUGAGCUUCUUAACUGGGCAGGCUCGGGAUUCAAGAAACAUCUCGUGCUAAAAGUCAACUCAGAGUUUAUGCAGCUGCAGACUGUUUGUUUACCAAACCCAUGUGAAGAUGGCGGAGAGUGCACGGCAAAAGAUGGAGGAGCAAACUACACUUGUUUAUUAUGGUCAUCUUGGAGCGCAUGGUCAUGUAAAUGCGGUGUUGCAACACGCACCAGGACCUGUUUAAUAGAUAAAUGCGUGGGGCCCACCCAAGAAACAWCGAGUUGCACAUAUCCAAGGAUCAUGACAACAGCAGGGAGGCAGUGUGUCUUUCCAUUCACGUACAGAGGUGUCUGUUACGACGCCUGUACCACGGUGGCCCAURGUUUUCCCUGGUGUGCGUAUCACCAUAACUAUGUUGGAGGRCAAUGGGGAAACUGCCCAUAAACCAUAAGUCCAAGAAAAAACAAUUAUAAGUUAUUACAAUGGCUACUAUAGGGCUACUAUACUAUAGGUGCCAUUUUUUCGUGGGUCUGUACUCUGAUAUAUACACCGAAGACAUCAAAACUAAUUGAAUAUUUGGACAAAUAGAGUUUUUAUGUUUAAAAACUGCCGCUUUACUUAUUAUCAGUUCAUGAACCGUGUUAUGCCCAUGYCCCUAAGUAAUUGUACAUGAUCGGUCUCUGGGUCGUUACAUUAAAUUGUAGUGAACUAUCCGUAAUAUAGUUAUAUAGUUAUUAUUCCAUAUGCGGUUCACAAAGUCAAGUACCCACGAGGUAUGCACAGCGAUAUUAGUAGUUUUACUCAAAUUCUGGAUAGAAAAACGUCGGGAGAACGGCGAUUGGAGAAUGCACGCCCGAAAGGGACUAUUGUUACACUGUUUUGAUUUUACUUAUUAGAUUCACCUUGCAUAGGAAUGGAGACUAAAUGGAGCCAAUAUUUUCCACAGACCAUUUUAAAGUAUCAAUCGGUUGUUAUUGCCUUUCAACUAGCAAAACCCAUGACUACUUUCGGUCGUACAAUCGCCGUUUGACCAUUGGCAUUCGCCAUUUUAUCCGACUUUUUGAAAUAGCUAYAUGUAGUCACGUAAACAUAACCCGUAUAUACACCUGGUGGAUUCAUGUCCUWGYCAGAGCRUAGAAAGCAUUUGUAUUUUUUGGUAAGACACAGUAAAUAUCUUGAAAAAGUAAA